AUGCCUUUACACAAAGUUCUGCCGAUCAAGGCGGACAUGGAGUACAGGCGACAGCGAGUCGGUGCUCCAAGGGCAUUUUCCAAAGACUUCAUACGUGAGGUGAUCAUCGCCACCAUCGAUGAUUUCAACCUUCACAACCUACAGGAUCCGGACAGAUUCAUUGCUGUGUCGCCUGCAAAGGGCUCGACUCCCAUUUACGAUAUCCACAGACGCCCUCUUGGGUAUGACAGCUACUCGUUCGAGGGUUGGCGAUGGGAGUCGAAAGUCAUGGAAGUCGAGCUUGAUUCGGCUUGUGAGGUCUGGGUCCAUGCUCGGCAUGGAUGUACAUCUUUGGUUGAGUGGCUCCAAAAGGAUCAUCAUCCCGAUGAUGAUGAUGAUGAUUCGGAUCUCAACGCUGACUUGGGGCCGUGGCCGUGGACUGCAAAGGAAGCGCGAGAGAGACAGCAAGUCUUGUGGGACAAGCAGUGGCGUCUCUGGAAAAUCAACGGUAAGCAAUUUCAGUUUCGCAAUCUGCCUGCUGAGAUUCGGAAUUCGAUCUACGACUUCGCUCUUGGUCCCGAGCAGGACCAGUCCUCAUACCGCCAUGCACGACUCGGAAGAUACGGUACUCGCCACAUGGAGCGAGGUGCGCUUCCGUUGCCAUCAAUGAACAUUCUAUACUUGAGCCGCCAGGUUUACGCCGAAGCAUGCCAUAUCCUCUUCGAAAGAACUGUCUUUCGCCUCACGAGCAGCAAAGACUUCUACAGACUGAGCGACAACAAGACGCUUGUCAGCCGCAUACGACGUCUUGAGCUGGCGCUGCCACAUGAGGAUUUCCUCGAAUGCUUCAAACGAGUAGCGGACUUGCGCCGCCACGGCCUCGAAGAGGCAAACGUCUUUCAACGCAUGCAACUCAAAGACUUGGUCAUCGAUUUGGCUCGGCCGAAAGCUCUUAUCGAUAUUGUGAUGAUAUUUCACAACAACACGGGUUCUACGAUGGUCCCAGAGUUUGCCUGCCAAAAAUUGACGGUCGACAAGAUUCUGCGGAAGGCGUUUCCAUGGAUAGCCGAGCAGCCUGUUCGUCUCGUCGGAGCGUUGAAGAAUCAGCAGAGGAAGGACUUCGAGGCCAAGUGCGCUGCAAAGCGCAAAGAAUACCUCGACUGGUGUCGUGCCAUGUCGCUGGACGGCCAGGUUCCGACACUGGUGGAAUAUGAGGAGUGGAAGGCAGAGGAGGUUGGUGGAGUGUGGCUCGAUGGCCGUGGAGCGGUGGCCGCAGAACCAAUCGAAGAGACGCUUUAUGGAGCUCAAUCAGACGUCGUGAACGAGGCUGAAGAUGAGAUGGCCUUGGAAAAGUGUCGUUGUGAAGUCAUUUGUACUCCAGCGCGCUGGACGAACGAGGACUAG